AGACAGUGUGCAUUUACAAAAAGUGAAUCCAGUAGAUUGUAGCUCAGUAAAGUCAUGAACACACGCACACGCACGCACAGAGAGUUGACCGAGUGCGACCCCAUACAAGUCAGGAAUCGUGACGGUCACAGCCUGGAGUUCACGCCUGCCUGGUACAGCCAGAGUAAGAAGUGAGAGGUACCUAACUUUGGAUAUUAACCCUGAUGCUGCAUCUUUUGAUUUCUGCUGUCGGGAAACUGGAUUAAAAUAAAAAUAAAGAAGAAGAAAACACACCUUCGAGGAUUUGAGGCACUUGGCAAGUGAGAAAACCAGGAGGUGAAAGACUCUGGAUCUAUAGCUGCAACAAUUUAUUGAAUUGAAUUUGGAAGGUUUGCAAAGAAGGAGGGAAAUUUAUUUUGCCUUAAGGCUGCCGUGGAGAGGCUUAAAGGAUGGCAGCCUUCUUCAUCUUCUGCGUCGGUUUUUCAGUUAUAUUGCAGGUAUCUGGAUCCGGAGUAUUUGAGUUGAAACUUCAAGAAUUUGUCAAUGCAAAUAGAAAUUCCUGUAAUCCUGACUGCAGGACGUUCUUUCGAGUUUGUCUGAAGCACUUCCAGACUGUCUUGUCGCCUGGCGAUUGUACCUUCGGUAACUUUGUAACUCCGGCCGUGUGGUCGAAUUCACUCAGCGCGCUGGACGAAGACGCUGCCAAUCGCAUCCGAUUGAAUUUCAACUUUGGUUGGCCGGGGACAUUUUCUUUAAUUAUUGAAGCUUGGUACGCACUUUCAGAGAAAAUUGACACAAGCAAACCUGAACUACUGAUCAGCAGAUUUGCUAUCCAAAGAAAGUUGAAUGUAGCCGAUGAGUGGUCUCAGGAUGUACAGACUGUCCAACAGAAUUCGCUAAGGUAUUCUUAUCGGGUCAUCUGCAAUGAAAAUUACUACGGCGAAAGUUGUUCCAAAAAAUGCACGCCCAGGAACGACCAUUUCGGCCACCACAUCUGCGACUCUGAAGGGCAAAAAUCCUGUCUCCCUGGCUGGAAGGGAGAAUACUGCGAUGAACCUAUAUGCCUGGAUGGAUGCAGCGAAAGCUAUGGAAACUGCUCGAGACCUGGCGAAUGCAACUGCAGAAUGGGAUGGCAAGGAAAAUUCUGUAACGAAUGUGUCCCACACCCAGGGUGCAAGCAUGGCACUUGCUCAGGUGCUUGGCAGUGCAAUUGUGAUGAAGGCUGGGGAGGACUGUUCUGUGACCAAGAUCUCAACUACUGUACACAUCACAAGCCCUGCUUAAAUGGAGCAACAUGCAUGAACACGGGACAAGGCAGCUACACCUGCACAUGCAGACCUGGCUACUCCGGGGUCAACUGUGAACUCAGGGUCAAAGAGUGUGACAGCAGCCCUUGCAGGAAUGGAGGAAGUUGCUCGGAAGAGGAAAAUGGCUACAGAUGUUCAUGCCCACAGGGGUUCGAAGGGGUUCACUGUGAGCACAGCUCUUUGACAUGUGCCGACUCCCCGUGCUUUAACGACGGUACCUGUUCUGAAAAAGAUUUCGGUCAGAGCUACAUCUGUACGUGUCCUCCUGGCUUCACCGGCUUAAACUGCGAGAAGAAGGUUGACAAGUGCACAAGCAAUCCCUGUGCCAAUGGUGGCCAGUGUAUAGACCAUGGCAGCUCCAGAGAGUGUCGUUGCCGUCCAGGAUUCAGAGGACAACACUGUGAGAUCAUCAUUGACAAAUGUGCCAUCAAUCCAUGUGAAAUUAAGACAAAGGAUGUGUGUGCUUCUGAGCCGUGCAGCAAUGGCGGGACCUGCCUGAGCACCUCGUACGGCACUGGCUUUGAGUGUAAGUGCUCAUCUGCCUUCUCGGGUGCCCGUUGUGAAUUCUCCAUUGUGCCCUCCCCACCGGAUUCUAAGGAGUCUUUUCCCUGGAUGGCAGUCACAAUGGCCGUGGGUCUGGUUGCGGUGCUUAUGCUGAAGUGCAUGGGUUUCCUGGUCCUGAGACACAUACGGAGACAAAGACAACUGAGUGAGCAAGACUCGGAGACCAUGAACAACCUCUCGGACUUCCAGAAGGAUAACCUGAUCCCGACCUCCCAGCUGAAAAACACCAACAAAAAAAUUGACUUGGAAGUGGACUGCGCCGUCAAAACAUCGAACUAUAAACAUAAAAACUACCACUUGGACUAUAAUUUUGUUAAAGACUUCAAAGAGGACAUGUCUCAAGGGAAUAAAUGUCUCAAGUGUGAUAAAUGUUUAGAAGAAAAGAUUCCCCUCAGAAUGCAAAGUGAAAAGCCAGAGUGUAGAAUAUCAACGAUAUGCUCCCCAAGGGACUCCAUGUACCAGUCUGUGUUUGUAAUAGCAGAGGAAAGGAACGAGUGUGUCAUAGCAACUGAGGUUUAAAGUGAAGGCUUCUGCCUCAAGUGAACCUUCUUUCAAGGUGAAAGUGUUGUCUGCACUGUUUACAGCUCAAGAAGAAAGGGAAAGAGACUGACGAUUAUUUAAACGCAAAUUGCUGCUUUGAAAUUUUUGUUGUUGUCUUUUUUUUGUUUGUUUUGUUUUGUUUAAAGGACUGACAAUUUUGGAUAAUGGCUUUGGGACUGCAGUAAAGCUCUUGCAGCUGAAGUGUUAGAAUGUAAUUGCACCAGAGGGGUGAGGCCGCUCUUGGACGUUCUCAUUUCCUUCUGCAUUCUUGGAAGACGCAAAAACUCAGUAAAGACGGAUCUGUGAAAAAUCCAAAGUGGAAGAUGUGCAUCCCUUUGAACGCUCUCAAAGGACCCCCUAACGAUAAUCAAAAAUGGAAAGAACCCUCCACAAAAAAAACAAAAA